AAGAGGAGCCACCAUGAGACACGGCCUAAAAAAAGAAUCUGAGCAGCUAAUAUUCUGCCCCGUGAAAUCUUCUGACCACCAAAGGCCCCGGUCGGUACUUCAGACAGACAAGGAUUUGCAUCGAGCGUUCAUCACCCCUGCUUUGGAAAGGACCCAAGAAGCAGCUUGACAAACUUCCGAAGUGCAGGAAGAUCACGGGCAUCAACUUUGCACGGAGAACAAUUUCUGUCAUCCUAACAAAAAGAUGAAUAAUUGCAGAAUCAGCAGAUGCACAGGAACAACGAAGACAUCAAAUCACCUUGCAAGGAGCACCCGUAUUUGGUUAUAGUGAUAGGGGCAAUUUUUGAAGAAUAGCCUGUGUCCAAGAAUUACAAAUUGUGGUCAGAAUAAUAUGCGAACAGAUCAUGAAGAACUCUGUGGCAGCACCUAUGGGUCUUUCUGUCUGAAUGGUGGGAUCUGUUAUACCAUACCUUCCACUUCCAAUCCGUUUUGCAGGUGUGUUGACAACUACACAGGAGCUCGUUGCGAAGCAAUCUUGCUCCCCAGCAUCAAGAGCCACUCAAGAGGAGAACUGUUUGUCGCCGUGUUGGCUUCCGUCGUCGUCCUGAGCGUCCUGGUAGCCGGAGCGUUUUUUUUCCUCUGCAGGAAAGGCCAGAUCCCGCGGGCCAAUGCCCUGGAGCGUGGCGAACACCUGAUUGAGGGAAACGGCAGCAAUGCUUGCAACAAAAUAAACGAAUAAAGAAAUCCAAAGAAGAAAUUAUCGACCAGCUGCAAAAGAAGUGGAACACCUGUGCAUGCCUAUAAAUGUAAAAAUAAACAGAUUAUCAGGAAAAUGCGAAUUCACAGGUUUUUCCUUUCAUCUUUAGAUACUGUCUUCUGUUCAGAACCCCAAACUGAUGCUAUGUUCUAGGGAUAACGCUGAAGCCUAUGCAAUUUCUCUUGAUGUUGACUCUGUAUGUCUGUUGAUGAUCCAAGCACUACCCUUCCUUUUCUGUAGCCGCCGUACAUUGUUCGUUCAGGUCCCAUUGUGAUCCGCUCAGGUCCUUUUCGCUGCCCAAUAUUGUCCCGGGGACAAACAAAAACGUUACCAGAUGGAGAAUAAAUGUUGAAAGAAUUCCAUGCAGACUUAGGACAGACCCCAAAAUAAAUACUGCUCUGUAAAGGCCAGAACGUUCCCCCCUCCGCCCUGAACAAAAGCAAUACCUAAUCGUUAAAUGAGAUCUUCAAAACGGAUUCCUACAGUGAGCCGACGAAUGAGUUAAAAUUGCUCAUUGUAUUCUUGAGGAUGUUCAGUUCCUCAUUUUUGAUGUGGUUAAUUAAUUCCUGCGGGUACAAGACCAGUGUGCUACUUUUAAUACCUUUGCAAGCUGCCUUGACAGAAAUGAUGGGAAAGAUAAUGCAUAAUUUGACGUUAAAAAAAAAAA